AUGAAUGUCAAACCAAAACCUUUACAAUCCUCACCUUCACGCCUCUCACUCUCAUCUCAUCUCAGGUCUCUAUUCUAUAUCGAUGGUGUCUCUCUCUCUUCUCUUUCCCAUCUCAGACUGAGUUCUCUCUCUCUCACUCUCAUCCAUCUCAGAUCAGAUCAGUGUGCUGCUACUCUCUCUUCGUCGGUGAGCUCUCUCUCUCUCUCGGUGUUCUCAUCUCUCAUCUCUCUCUCUCGGAUCGGUGACUAUUUUUGUUUAUUUGUUCCCAGAUCUCCAUCUCAGAUUAGAUCGAUCUAUAGCUGUUGUCUUCCUCUUUCGAUCAUCCAUCGCAGAUUAGAUCGAUUGUUCAUGUCAUCUACAAUGGAUUCAGUGAAUGUUUACAGGAAUGGAGUUGCUAUUGGAAUGGAAAUGCUAGUGGCAUAGGAUGUUUACAGGUUUUCAGUUUAUGGAAAUGCUAGUGGAAUAGAAUGGAAAUGCUAGUGAAAUGAAAGUUUAAUUUGGAAUGGUUUACAGUUUAUAAUUUGAAAUGAAAAUGUAAUGUCUAUAUUUUUUUUGUUAUUUAA